GUGAAAAAAAUUGGGACCAAAUAGUUCCCCCGCCCUAAGAAACCCUAAUUUCCUUAAUCCCAAUCCUACGCCUAAAUUGAUCCUCUUCCUCUUUUCCAAUCCCUGAGCUUUUCUUCGAUUCCCAGCGAAUUCUCAUUCUCUAUUCCUGAUUUUCCUGCCAUAUUGGAUUCCAAAUCCCUAAAAAGAGGUUUGCUGGGUCGGAAAAAGUGGUUCCUUUUUGACCCUUUCCCUUCUCUUUGCUCUCACUCCUCAACGAUUCGAUGCUUUCUUUCUGAACUUCCAAGUUCCUGGUCUUUGAUUUCUUUGAUUUCUCUAUUUUCUCCUCUUUUUCGGUCGGUGGUGCGGAAAAAGGAGAGCUUUUUUGCUUGCAUUCUUGUUGGUGUCAAAAUAAUAUAGAUGUCUACUGCGGAUGCUGUGGAACUCUUGAGGCAAAGAAUCAUUUGCAAAGAGAGGUUGGAAUCAAAUGCAAAUGCACAAUUAUCAUGGCACUUUGAAGACAGGAGAUAUGUUGAGGAAUUGGAAAAGGAGCUAAGGAACUGUUCACAGGAAAUAGGUUACUUGCAGGAUCAACUAAAUUUGAGGAAUGUUGAAGCUAAUUACAUGGCUGAGAAUGUACACAGUCUUGAAUUGAAGCUGGCAGCAAUGGGCAAAUUGAAUGAGAAAAUAAAUCUUUUGAGUGAGGAACUUGUGCGGUCAGAGUCACAACGGUUGAUUUUGAUGCAGGAAUUGAAACAUAGAGAAGAAGCGCUGCAAGACUCUGUUUUUCAGAUUGAGCAACUGGAGACAUCGGUGUCAUCCAUCUCUUUGGAUUCUGAGUGUGAAGUAGAGAGCAUUAAACUUAGUGUAACAGCCUUAGAGCAGAGAUGCAUUGAAGCUGAGAGGAUAAGUCAGGAUGCUGUGGCUGAGAAUGAUGAACUAAAUCGACAGUUGAAAGAAUUUGAACUCCGGCUUCAAGAGGCCGAAGAAGAGAUUAGCCAUCUUGAGCAAGAGAAGACAGUCUUGCAGGAGAAUCUGAGAAUGUCAAAGAGGAUUACAGGUGAAUCUUUUUGUAAAGUUGGAGAGCUACUUGACAAGUGGCUGAAACAAAAUAGUAGUUUGUUCACUGAUGAAUACGAUCAUUGUUUAUCACAUGAGUCAAGAAAUGAGUUCCUACUUGCUAAUGAGACAUGUGCUUGUGGAGAAGUCUUGGGUCCAUUCCUUUCGAAACUGGCUGUUGUUACAGCUCAGGAUGAUAAGUUAAAGAUCGAGAUUGAGAAAAUGUCGAGUCAGAUCAAUGAAUCUGAACUUCUAGUUAAGCAGCUUAAGGAAGAACUACGGGUAGAAAAGCUUAAGGCAAAGGAAGAAGCCGAAGAUUUAACCCAAGAAAUGGCUGAACUGAGGUACCAAAUUACAAGCAUGCUAGAGGAAGAAUGUAAACGCCGAGCUUGUAUUGAACAAGCAUCACUUUUGCGGAUUCAAGAGUUGGAGUCACUGUUGCGAAAGGAGCGGGAAAAAUCUAGCUCUGCUCUUCGACGUCUCCACGAAGCACAUGAUCUACUUGAAAUACGAUCCAUGGAGAUCAGGCAAUUGAAAGAGGAAUUAGAGGGAUACCAUUUGGGAACCAAACUGGAAAUAGCUUCUGCAGAUUCCAAAUCAUCGACAUCGAAUAACAUUUGCGGAGAGAACGAAUCACAUUGGCCUCUUGUGCCAUGGCAUGCUUGAGAAGGUUUAUGAUAACAUAGAAAAGGGUAAGAAUUGAAGUGAUUCCACGGAGGGAUGUGAAGAGGCCUUGUCAUGCUUUUUGAGAGCUCAAAUGUGAGGCCUGCUAUACAUGGUUUAAUAUGUUAAUUUUCUCAUUGAUAUAUAUAUAUUGUUUUUUCCAAUGUAAAAAUCAAAUGUUGUAUUUGAUGUUCUGUAAAAUUAUUCUAAAUUUAUUAAUAUC